AUGCUCCUCAAACAGGAAUAUCACCUGUCCAGCAGCGAGAACAUGCUCCUCAAACAGGAAUAUCACCUGUCCAGCAGCGAGAACAUGCUCCUCAAACAGGAAUAUCACCUGUCAAGCAGCGAGAACAUGCUCCUCAAACAGGAAUAUCACCUGUCCAGCAGCGAGAACAUGCUCCUCAAACAGGAAUAUCACCUGUCCAGCAGCGAGAACAUGCUCCUCAAACAGGAAUAUCACCUGUCCAGCAGCGAGAACAUGCUCCUCAAACAGGAAUAUCACCUGUCCAGCAGCGAGAACAUGCUCCUCAAACAGGAAUAUCACCUGUCCAGCAGCGAGAACAUGCUCCUCAAACAGGAAUAUCACCUGUCCAGCAGCGAGAACAUGCUCCUCAAACAGGAAUAUCACCUGUCAAGCAGCGAGAACAUGCUCCUCAAACAGGAAUAUCACCUGUCCAGCAGCGAGAACAUGCUCCUCAAACAGGAAUAUCACCUGUCCAGCAGCGAGAACAUGCUCCUCAAACAGGAAUAUCACCUGUCCAGCAGCGAGAACAUGCUCCUCAAACAGGAAUAUCACCUGUCCAGCAGCGAGAACAUGCUCCUCAAACAGGAAUAUCACCUGUCCAGCAGCGAGAACAUGCUCCUCAAACAGGAAUAUCACCUGUCCAGCAGCGAGAACAUGCUCCUCAAACAGGAAUAUCACCUGUCCAGCAGCGAGAACAUGCUCCUCAAACAGGAAUAUCACCUGUCCAGCAGCGAGAACAUGCUCCUCAAACAGGAAUAUCACCUGUCCAGCAGCGAGAACAUGCUCCUCAAACAAGAAUAUCACCUGUCCAGCAGCGAGAACAUGCUCCUCAAACAGGAAUAA